CGUGCAUCCGGCGCGGUCUGGACGUGCUGCUCUGAAUUGUUUAAAACAGAACUGCUUUAAAAGAGCGGCAAAUAAUUGUUUAUUUUAAUAAAAACUUGUUGAAUAAGUGAAUAUUCGUUAUACUUAAUAAUAAAAAUAUAUUAUUUAAAGUGAUAUUACUGAUAUUGCAUUUUUCUGUGUAAAAUGACUGUAUGCCAAGUGCAGUGAUAAGAACGUUGGUGGUAGUAGGGAAAAGUGGGUCGCAGUUUUCGGAGAGUGAACUUGUGAAACCAUUAUUGUUUGUGCGAUAAAUUAUAAAAAAUAUUGUUUGAAAGUAGAAUUGUGAGAUAAUCGUGAUACUUAUUUAUUAUUAUGUGUGCCUAGUACCUUAAAAUCUAUUACAAGAUCUUACUCUGAAACGAAACGAAAUAAAAAUGACAACUCGAACGCUCCUAGUAUGGGUGUGUCUGCUCGCCGUGUGUUACGGUCAGAGGGCUGAACAUCUGUUGGCCCAGAAUCCAUGUUCCAGUAAAACAACUUGUAGCGACUGUGCAAGGACAGCGACUUGUGCUUGGUGCUUCGCCCCCGAGUUUAAUGGACCGAGAUGCUUCAAUCCUGCCAUGGAAGGAGGCACCGCAGGGUGUGAUGAAGCCUACAUCUUUAACCCUGAUAAUCAGCAGUCUAUCGAUCCUAUGUAUAACAGAGAGUUGACAAGAGCGAAGGGCCGUAUGGGUAUCGGCAUGGAGUCGGGCUACUACGAGGAGUCUAUGAGUAGUAGUAGUAGUAGCAGUAGUGGUAGUAGUGUCAAAGGCGGUGGUGGUUACAUGGCUGCUGGAGCUGGUGAAAACCUGGUGCAAAUUAAACCGCAACGUGUUAAACUACAGUUACGUAUGAACCAAAUGCAAAAGAUGUCGUUCUCAUACGCCCAGGCGCAAGAUUAUCCAGUAGAUUUGUACUACCUCAUGGACUUGAGUAGGUCAAUGAAAAACGAUAAAGAAAAGCUCAGUACUUUGGGAAGUUUAUUGUCAAGUACCAUGAGAAAUAUUACAUCGAAUUUUAGGAUUGGAUUUGGGUCUUUCGUGGAUAAACUCGUGAUGCCAUAUGUGUCUACUGUGCCGAAGAAUUUGAUUUCACCGUGCGACGGCUGCGCUGCUCCUUAUGGAUACAAAAAUCAAAUGUCCCUCAGCAACGAUACAGACUUCUUUGACAAAGCGGUAGCCCAAGCUGACGUGUCAGGAAACCUGGAUGCUCCCGAAGGUGGCUUCGACGCCAUAAUGCAGGCUGUGGUCUGCAAACAGGAGAUUGGCUGGAGGGAACACGCAAGGAAACUGCUCGUCUUCUCAACUGACGCCGGGUUCCAUUAUGCGGGAGACGGAAAGCUGGGUGGUAUUGUUCAACCGAAUGAUGGGGAGUGUCACAUGGAAGACAACUCGUACACACACUCCACAGUGCAAGAUUAUCCCAGCAUUUCGCAAAUUAACCUUAAGGUGAAAGAGCAUGCUAUCAAUGUAAUAUUUGCGGUAACAGCUGAGCAGAUUAAUGUGUAUGAGCAGUUAAGCAGACAUAUUGAGGGCUCCAGCAGUGGAAUCCUUAGCGAUGACUCGGAUAACGUUGUGGACUUGGUCCGGGAACAGUAUAACAAAAUUACGUCGACAGUAGAAAUGAAGGACACCUCAAGUGACGCAGUGCAGAUUAUGUAUUAUUCAUCAUGUUUGGGAAGCAAAGAUAAGCUCGUACAGACAAAUAAGUGUGAAGGACUAAAGGUAGGAGACGUGGUCGAGUUCUCAGCCGAAAUAACCCUAAAGGAGUGCCCCAAGGAUCCCAGCAAGUGGCGACAAACAUUCACGAUAUACCCUGUGGGUGUUUCUGAAAGUCUCACCGUGGAACUGGACAUGCUGUGUGACUGUCCCUGCGAGCACCCGGGACACCAUGCCUACAAUGACAGUCCACUGGUGUGCAGCGGUCAAGGCAUAUCUGCUUGUGGUGUCUGCGUGUGCCAUCCUGGACGUUUUGGCAAGAGCUGUGAAUGUUCAGCUCACAGCGGAGUAUCCUUGGAACAAGAGAGAGGAUGUCGUCCAACGAACGCAACCUCUGGACCACUUUGCUCCAACCGGGGUACCUGUAUCUGUGGUGUCUGCGAGUGUAAUAAGAUGGAUGAUCUGCUUAAGGUGAUAUCAGGUCCAUUCUGUGAAUGCGAUAACUUCACGUGUGAUAUGAAUCAUGGCGAGAUUUGUUCCGGUCCGUCCCAUGGCGAGUGUGUCUGUGGCAAGUGCAACUGUAGGCCAGAAUACACAGGUCCUGCCUGUCAGUGCCUUAAGGAUCAGAGCGCCUGUAUAUCACCAGAGAACGGCAAGAUUUGCAGCGGAAAUGGUAAAUGUGUGUGCGGUCAGUGUGUGUGCAGCGUGGACGACGACCGACACUACACUGGCAAGUUUUGUGACAACUGUCCUACCUGCCCAGGUAGAUGUGAAGACUUUAAGCACUGUGUACUCUGUGAAGUCCAUAAACGAGGCCCGCUCUAUAAUCCGGAUCAACCGGGUCGGGACUGUGGCGAAUGCGCUCUUUAUCCGGAAGUCGUCGAGGGCAAGAUUGAAGCCAACGAAACAUUGAACGAGCACUUGUGCAGUUUCUACGACGACGAAGACUGUUUGUACGUAUACGUUUAUUCGUACAACGACACACGUACCGUACACAUACGCGCGCAGAAGGAACACGAGUGUCCCAGAAAGGUGUUCAUCUUAGGCAUAGUUCUGGGUGUCAUUGCGGCGAUUGUCCUUGUGGGCCUGGCGCUACUGAUGCUGUGGAAGAUGGUGACCACGAUACACGAUCGAAGGGAGUUCGCCAGAUUCGAGAAAGAGCGUAUGAUGGCCAAGUGGGACACUGGCGAGAAUCCAAUUUAUAAACAGGCAACAUCCACCUUCAAAAAUCCCACGUAUGCGGGAAAAUAAGCGAAACAGUGAUUAUCACUGGUAGUGGUUACUAAGUCAUCAGUAUUUGAAUAUUUGUAUUGUAAAGAUGUACUGUCAGCAAAAUAUUGUCGCAUUUAUACUUUGUGAAAUCGUUAUUGACUGUAUACGUAUUUAUUUGGAACGGAAUCUCAUUGCAAUUUUAAGCAGUGUUAACGUUAUAGAAACUAAAUGUUUUGUCUCUUUCCGUCGAAUUGUAUCAACGCUGUGGCGAAAAGAGACAAUGAAUGCUGUAGUUAAAAUGUGUAAUUAGAUUUUGUUUUUAAGGGUUUUAUAUAACGGAUCUGUACGAAUGAACGAAAACCAUUACGGUCCCAUCGAAUAGUUAACGUAUUAACGUCUUAAAACGCACGCACGAAUGUAUCCUUUAAUACUCGUAUAUAAAACUCAAAGCUUAAUUUUAGUUUGGUAUUAAUAAAAAAAUUACCGAUCUGUGACCGUUUAUUUAAAUCGGUUUAAAUGAAUCUAAAAUAGCGCUGAUAAAGAGCAUUUUAUUAAUGAUCUGAUUUACAUCCGUUGAUUUUGCUGAUAGUACAAUAUAGAUGCCUUACUGUGUGCCUUUACAUUUAACGGAAUUUUACUCCAUUCCAAUAGAAUUGAAAGAAGUCACCAACCCGUGACGUCAUUUACUAGACUACACACUAUCAAAUAUAUAUUAUAAUAUAAUAUUAGAUUAUAUAUAUUUUUUUAAUCAUGGGACAUGUUUUUUUACGUUUUGUAUCUUCAAUUGUAUGUUUACUAUUGCGAACAUAUCGCCUUAAUAUGUUUUUAUACUUCUAGUUUCAUAUCAACGUAUGGAACAUUUUGCUUUACCCCGUAGAGGCUUUUCUGACUUUUAUAGCUUUCAUUUGUUUUUUCGAUUUUUUCUCCUUAAACUCCUCCUCAGACUUCAAGGGAAUAAUUAAAAAAAUUACUCGAAAUGGUGCUUGGUCUUCUAGUUUUGGGUAUAGCGACAUAUGCGAUACAUUUUUUUAUAUGUUUUUAAAUAUGACGAGACGUAUAUAUGUAUUUUUAUUUUUGGUCUAAAAUAAAAAUGCGUUACGCGAUUUUGAGUGUAAAUUACUAACGUUUUUAGUAAAUUCUUUUGGAGUGGAGUACAUGUAUGUCUCCUAUGGUCUAAUCUCAUAGUACGCGUUUUGUACUUAUGUGUGUGUAGUUUAACAUUAGGUAAUAAAUAUAUUUUGUAGAUAAUAUAAAUUCACAAAGCACUGCCUGUAUUUAUUUUUUUAUAUUUCAAAAAUGUGUAGUGCCUUAAUGCUAACAGUGCCAUUACUAAUACGUGAUUAUUAUUUAUGAAUAAACGUCAAAUUUUAUAUGAAAUUAUUUUUACGGUUUAUUGCAUUUUUAAGCGGAAAUGAAUUUUUUAAUGAUUUUUAUAAUGUACUGAAUGUAUAUGAGUUUGUUACGGAUAAUUAACUAAUUGUGGCCUUUUAAUAGCUAA